UUAUUUGCAUGCGGGCGAUCUUCGUUACAGUGGCAAGAAAAAACUGUAUGAGAACAAACACUUCAUGAAUAGAGAGAGGUGAUUGAGCUAUGGAGAAGCUGGAUCACGUAACAGUAUCUAUCCUUACAGCUGCAUGCAUUGACGAGCCCAUGCUCUUAACUUUGAGCCGCGAGGAUCUGAGGGACCUGUUUCCUGGGCCUGAACACUUUCUCACUAGAAAGCGUGUGUGGUCAGUAAUUCACCCUGAGGAAGACCAUCCUGUAACACAGACCCCUGAAACAUAUUCUUCACCCAGGGUAGUUCCAACAGCCAGGCCUCAAAGUCCUGAUGCUAAAAAAAGCCAGCAGAAGACCUUGCAGCUCCCCAGUCCUCCGGAAUAUGUAGUGUACACAGACAGUGAGUUGGAGCAAUGCAGAAAGAGUUACUAUGAUUUGGCCCAUGUCAGCCGGGAACAUGAAUGUGUCAUGUCCAAAGAACUGAGAUGCAGACUAGUGAGAAAUACAAUCACAAGUAUGGUGUCCCUUUUGAGAGCAAGCGAAGGCCAAAUGGAGCGAUACCCCUCUAAGAAUGAAAUCACUGCAAUGGCUAAAAUAAUCGUGGAAUAUUAUCCUAUGCUAAAGGAUAAUGAUGCAAGCGUGAAACACGAGAGCAUCAACGCAAAGUUACUAAAAAGGCUGCAAAAUAUGAAAACUCCUGUAAAAAAGCAAGGACCAACACCAGACAGGGGCCGGCCAAAGAGAAGACUCACUGACCUCUCUCCAACUGAUAAAGAAGCUGAUGAUGAAGAUGCUGAUUGCAGUUCUUCCAGUGGUGCAUCUAAUCUGCUGUUAUCACCUGCAAGCAGUUCUGAUGCUUCCACUUCAUCUGACAGGGUUAGUCCGCAAAUACAAGCAAGACUUUACAGAAGAUUACAAGAAAUGUGCAAGAAGCCGAAACCAAACCAAGAAGAUGUGUCCCAGUUAUUAGACCUUGAGUUUGACUCCAGAAGAGCCUUCAUUGACUCAGACUCCUUGAAAGAGGAGAACCGAGCUUCCCACAUCUUGGAUGCAUAUCCAUGCUUUAAAGAACUGCAUCAUGUGUUGGGUGAGCUGCGCAGAAUUUUGGAUCCUCACAACAACAAGUUCAUCAGUCAAAUCAAACAAAGAUGGCAAGAAUUUUGCUCCAGGGUGGAAUUCUAUGGCGUGUCAAAGAAGGCAAUGAAUCCACCAAUGACUAUGGACAAAACUGAAGCCCAUCUUGCAUUGAUGAAGGCUCUUCCAACGCUCUUUCCCUCACCUGCCCAUCCACCCAAAAAGAUGGGGACUGCUUCUGAUGCAUUUCUACAUGUCCUGAAGCCUACAGAAGAUCCAGAUGCAGUCCUCCAGAAACGAAGCUUGUCAUGUCCAGUGGUGAUGUUCGAUGGAUGCAAGUGUGUUAUUGCUGUUGGGAAUUUGCCAGUUACAACAUUUGACAAAGAAAAACUUGGUGAGGGUAUGAUUUAUGUGAUGGCAUACUUUUAUACACUCCAUCUGACUUAUCCCAAAUGCGUGGCAACCCUACUGUCUGUCAUUCAGACAGAAGUUCUCCAGGAUGCUAUUCAUGAGCGUGACACUACAUCAUAUUACAAAAAAGCCCUGGCCGAAUGGUACGCAUUUAUUGGAAAGUAG